UGCCGGACCCGCUAUGUCGCAUAAAGCCGAAGACUCUCCACGAAUAUACUUUCUUCCUCUUCUUCUUUCUUUCCCUUUUCUCUUUUAUUUUUCUUUCCUCUAAAAAAAUAUUUGACGUUCCUUGAUUUAACUUCCUUCAUAGAUCCCUCAGUAUCUCUGCUUCUCUAUUUUCCCCUGUUUCGUCUUUGCGUGAUCCAUCAUCAUCAUGGAGUUUUUACUAGAGUUGCUUCUCACGGCGGUUGUUGCGCUUCUCUUUUCUUUCCUUGUCGCCAAAAUCGUAUCUGUUUCUAUGGCCGGGGAAAGCGAUCGGAUAGAGAAAACCGAGAUCGGUGUCGGUGAUGGUUCUGCUACGGUGGAGGAGCUUUGUUUUGGUUUGAAAGUGGAUGCUCCGGUGGUCCAGAGCGAGAGAAAACUCCGAGUUGUUGUUGAUGAGAAUGUGGAUCGGUUUGGAAACGGAGCUGAUCGUGUUGUUGAUGAAGUUGAAGAAGCCGCUAGAGACGUUGAGUUGGUGGUUCUAACUACGGAAGCUAAUGAGUUCUUGGCCGCUGUCUCGCCGGGGAAUGUGAUAGCCAAGGAGAUGAUAGUUCGUGGUGAAGACGAAGGGAGAGAAGAAACAAGUGGAGAAGUCGGUGAUGAACGCCAAGAGUUGAUUGAAAGUACGGCGGAAGCUGAGUCCACUGCCUCUGCAGUUCAAGAAAACAUGAUAGCAGAGGAGAUUAUCAAUCGAGGACGCGAGGAGGAACUAUCAUCGGCAGAAGGAGUAAGUUCUUGUGUAGAAAGAGGAGAAGUCGUAGUCACGGAAUCUGAGGAGGUUAGGGUUGAAGAAAGUAACAGUGGUGAGAAGAGUGAGGAUAAGAUGGAGUUUUGUAUUGAAGAGCAAGUGGAGUUGAGUAUUGAAGAAGAUGAUGAUGAUGAUGAUGAUUGGGAGGGAAUUGAGAAGAGUGAGCUUGAGAUAACCUUUUCAGCUGCUUCAAAUCUUCUGGAGCAAUCAGGGAAAGGUGAAGAAAUUACUGCUGAGGCUAAGAUGGAGCUGUACGGUCUGCACAAGAUCGCCACUGAAGGGUCAUGCCGAGAGGCACAGCCUAUGGCCAUCAUGCUCUCUGCUCGCGCUAAAUGGAAUGCCUGGCAAAGACUUGGAAACAUGAGUCAAGAAGAGGCAAUGGAGCAAUAUCUUGCACUUGUUUCAAAGGAGAUUCCUGGUUUGCUGAAUACUGUAGGGAAGAUGCCAGAAACGGAAACCUCUGUUGACUUACGAUCAUUAGAAGAUCCGACCACUUUAGACACAAUUGGUUUUCCAACCAGCAAAAAUGGAAAGGCUUGAACAAGAAUCCUUUGGGAAAAUAAAGGCAAAUUUGCAUUAAAAGUAUGUUUCUCAAAAGAUAAUAUCAUAAAUGCAGUAAAUAAACCAUUUGAUGCAAGCUGGAUUGUGUAGUGUUCUACAUAAUUGUUAUCCUCAUCAACCCAACAACUAAAAUAUA